AUGAGUGAACAGUCGCGGCAAGCGUCGCCUGAGCGCAGCAUCGAUGAACUCCAAGGGCUGGUACAGCAUUUUGUGGCAGCCAAGCGCUCUCUGUCCUCGGCCAGCCUGGUUUCUCGAGCGCACGAUAUCGUGACGACAGCCAGGGGUCUUGUCGAGGAAACGGCUGUGCUGACAGCCAAGAAUGCCUUCGUUCGGCAAGGAGUGCUGGAAGAAGCGAACGUGCUUUUAGCCAUCAGAGACGGCCUCGACAACAUCGGCCGUGAGACCGAUGUCGACUUCAAGGCAGUGAUACACCAGCUCGAUCUCGCCGACAGCCGUCUCCAAACCACCUUGGUGCAGCUGAGCAACACCCAAGUAGAUACCUCAGAACUGCACUCACGAGGAGCCACUCCCGACAACCAAAAGACACUGCACGACUUUAUCGACGAAGACACGCAUCUUCAUCUGAUCGAAUCUCUUCGCAGCACCAUCGAUUCACACAAAGCAGCCGAAGCCGACUUUCAGCGCUCUCAAGACUCGUUCGACGACCAGAUCCGUUCACUCGACACUGCCGUCAACGAUGCUGAUCAGACCACCGACAAUCAAGACAGCCUCUCUCCUAUCCCGCCACUCUUCCACAAUCUUACAGAUAACGCGACCCAUACGGCUUCACUGCUAAGCUCUUUGGUCGCCCACUACGAUCUGUGCACAUCGGCUCUCAAACAUACAGAAGGAGGAGGUGAGGCUGCUCGACAAGCAAACCCGUCUUUGGCCGACGAUGCCCCCGAGGACAGUCUCUACAGAAAUCUCCCUCUUGGUCCACUAAAUGAACAAGAGCGUCAGGAAAUGCUUGCCGUCGUGGACAAUGAUGCUCAAGAAGUUGACGGUGUCGUGCUCGACAUCCACGACUAUAUCUCGGAAAUGGAAGCAACACUUGAUCAACUGCAAUCGCACUCAACAGCCAUUAGGUUACGCCACAAACUUCUCAAUCACGUACUAGAUCUGCUUCGCACGCUUGGAGGUAACCUGCCAAUAUUUCUUGCUGCUGCUAAGCUAUACGGCAGCAAUUGGAAUGUUCUCAAGGAAAGUCUGCUCGUAAAGGCAGAUGAGCUCGGUUCCUUGACAGAUUUCUACGAAUCUUUCAUUGCAUCUUACGCCUCCCUGCUUGAUGAAGUCAAUCGCCGACAGGCCGUCGAGAAUCGUAUGCGGCGCAUUGCUGACAAGGCUCGCCGCGAGAUUGAGUCGCUCUACAAAGAAGAUGUUGCGAUGCGCGAAGACUUUGUCCGUAGUACUGGUGAGUUUCUCCCACGCGACAUCUGGCCCGGUCUGGUCGAUGCUCCAAAGCGAUGGGAGAUCAGAGCAGCAUCUCCAGAACUACCGCAGGAGCUACCGGGCGAUAGUGAAGAACAAUGA